AAGACCAUAUGAAUUAAAAUCUUGUCUUAGCUUAGAUAGGUAAACAUAUGAUUAUAGUAUUCUAUUGCAUGAUCAUUAGUUAACUGAUUAUGAUUUCUUAGUCAUUGUCGACAUUAUCCGAAAGAAUUAUUUUUUUAAUAAACAUUUGAAUAUUUAUCAUAUAGAAUACUAAAAUGGUUAUAUGCGUAAGAAACUUGGUUUUACCGUUAUCACGAUCAAUUGUCACAAAUUUUACAUCAGUUCGUCAAAUGAGCGCUACUGUUAAAACAGAUUUUGUAAAAUCUUUACUUUAUAAAGAAUAUGGAGAUCCUGUAGAUGUUCUACACGUUACAACACAAUCUAUUGAUCAACCAGAAAACAAUCAGGUCUCUGUCAAAUGGUUGUUAGCACCUGUUAAUCCAGCAGACAUAAAUACAAUACAAGGUAAAUAUCCAAGCAAACCACCUUUACCAGCUAUUCCAGGAAAUGAAGGAGUAGGUGAAGUAAUAGCUGUUGGAUCUAACGUGAAACAUCUAAAUGUUGGUGACAGAGUUAUACCAAAUGGUAUACAUUUAGGAACAUGGAGAACACAUGCAAAUUAUACCGCAGAAGAGCUUAUGAAGGUUCCAAAAGAAGUUGAUGCUGUAGAAGCUAGUAUGUUAAAUGUAAAUCCAUGUACUGCAUACAGAAUGCUUAAAGAUUUUGUAGAACUAAAACCUGGUGAUACUGUCAUCCAAAAUGGAGGAAAUUCAGCUGUUGGACAAAUGGUUAUACAAUUAUGUAAAAUGUGGAAUUACAAAUCUGUUAGCGUUGUAAGAGACAGGCCAAAUAUAGAGGCAUUAAAGAAUCACUUGAUAAGUUUGGGUGCAGAUGAAAUUCUUACCGAAAGUGAAAUAAAGAAAACUCAGAUUUUUAAAAGUAAAAAGUUACCUUCACCAAAAUUAGCUCUUAAUUGUAUAUGUGGACAAAAUGCAUUGGAGAUUUUAAGACAUUUAGCACAUGGAGGUAUUAUGGUAACUUAUGGUGGUAUGUCCAGAGAACCUUUAACAGUUCCAACUUCUGCAUUUAUUUUUAAGGAUAUAACAUUAAAAGGAUUUUGGAUGACAGCAUGGACAAAAGCAAAUAUGAAUUCCGAAGAGCGUGAAAAUAUGUUUAUUGAAUUAGGAAUAUUAUUCAAGAAUAAGAAAUUAAAAGCUCCACCACAUAAGUUAGUUCCAUUUUGUCAAUAUCAGGAAGCUGUUAUUAAUGCAAUUCAUACAGAUGGUCGAAUAGGAGUGAAAUACAUUUUGGAUAUGACCAAAUCAUAAAAUAAACUUUUUCUUAAAUUAUAAUUUAGUUUUGAGCAUACUAUUUCUCAACGCAUUUCUUCAACAUCUAGUAUUUUUUAUAUGGAUUAGAAAUAAUUAUAUUUAUUGCAA